CCAGCGCAUCCCAAAGCGGGCAGUGAGCGAGGAUACGGAGACUGGCGUGUCGCAAAACACAGAGCUGGAUACAUAAAUAUACAAGGAUUUGUUUUGUUUUGUUAGUAAGAUGGAAGAUAACAGAUAUAUAUCAACGUGAAUAAAAGACGCGGCUGGGUUUCCACUGACUGACCAUCAAAGCACAGCUCUGCUGAAAACCUGUACUAUUCUCUCUCUAUGGGGAAGCUAGAAGAUGGAGGACAAAAGCCCACGUGUAGCGGACUACUUUGUAGUGGCAGGUCUCACUGAUUCCUCUGAGCCUUUCGAAGAGGAUAUAGCAUGCGAUGAAAGCUGCCAGAGAAGCUCAGGCCAAGCCGAGGCACCAAUCACAGAUGUAGCGGUGGUGUUUCGCUCUCAGGGCGAGGAGGUGCCACAGGGUUACACCUGCAUCGAGUGCACUCCCUCGGGCCUUCCUGCUGAACUGAAUGGAGGCAGCAUCAUGGGCCCACAGAUUUUCCUGUGCUACAGGCGAGGACGAGACAAGCCGCCUCUCACUGACCUUGGCGUCCUCUAUGAGUGGAGGGAGAAGUUGAAGCCGGGAUGUCACAUCAUCCAAACCACACCUUUCGGUCGCCCUGCCAACAUCAGCAGCUCUUCCUCACAGAGAAUCUACAUCACAUACCGCCGUGCGCCUGAAUGCCAUUCUCAUGCCACGUUGGCCGUCACAGACAUUUGUCUUGUUGUUCCUGGCAAAGGAGAAACACCACCUUACGCCUUCUGCAAAGUGGACAAAAACCUAAACAGCAGCAUGUGGGGCUCCUCUAUGUACCUGUGCUACAAAAAGUCUUUGGCCAAAACAAACACUAUUGCAUUCAAAGCAGGCCUGCUGUCACGGUACCCAGAAGAGGACUAUGAGUCGUUCCCUUUGCCCGAGUCAGUGCCCCUCUUCUGUCUGCCAAUGGGAGCAUCCAUAGAGUGCUGGCCCUCCCGGACGAAAUACUCUCUCCCUGUAUUCUCAACAUUCGUUCUCACUGGAUCUUCUGGAGAGAAGGUUUAUGGUGCAGCGAUCCAGUUUUACGAGGUAUACCCAGAAGAGCGUUUGACUGACAGACAACGCACACAACUGGGCUUACAAGCCAGUGGUCCAAGUGCUGAGGACUCAAUGAUGGUCCACACCAACAAAAGCAUCUGCCUUCUUUCUCGCUGGCCCUUUUUUGACGCUUUCCGCACAUUCCUCACCUUCCUCUACCGCUACUCAAUUUCUGGGCCACACACAUUGCCUAUUGAGAAGCAUAUCUCUCAUUUUAUGCACAAAGUUCCUUUCCCAUCUUCUCAAAGACCACGAAUUCUGGUCCAGUUAUCUCCACAUGAUAGUCUCAUGCUGAGCCAGCCUGUCUCCUCCCCUCUGUCUCUGAGUGGUGGAAGUCUCUCCACAUUGCUGCUAAACCUGGGUCCUAAAAAUGCAGUGAGUCUGCUGGUUCUAGCUGUAACUGAACACAAGAUUUUGGUGCAUUCGUUGCGGCCAGCUGUUCUAACCAGUGUUACUGAGGCCCUGGUGUCGAUGAUCUUUCCCUUCCACUGGCCAUGCCCAUACAUUCCCCUGUGCCCGCUGGCACUUGCCGAUGUACUCAGUGCUCCAUGCCCCUUCAUAGUUGGUGUGGACUCACGCUAUUUUGACUUGUAUGAGCCACCGGCUGACAUUAGCUGUGUGGACCUGGACACCAACACCAUCUCGCACAAAGAAGAUCGCCGAGCCCUGACAUGGAAGAUCCUGCCAAGGAAAGCUUGCAAACGUCUAAUCAACACCCUCAGCAAUCUCCAUCAGCAGCUCGUGCAGGAUUAUAUGAUGAGUCGUGAGGAAGGCCAGAUAGACGUGACCAUGAGCGAGCGUGACCCUGGCAGCGGGGGGAAGAGUCUCCAGUCACUGGAGCUAGAGAUCCAAGAAGCCUUCCUGCGUUUCAUGGCAGCCAUUCUUAAGGGUUACCGCUCCUACUUGCUGCCUAUUACUCAGGCUCCUUCGGAAAAAGCGACUGACGCCAGCUCUCUCUUUGACCUGCAAGGGUUCCUGAAGAGUCGUGAUCGCUCCCAUCAAAAGUUUUACUCUCUCAUGACCAAGACUCAGAUGUUCAUCCGCUUUAUUGAGGAGUGCUCCUUUGUCAGCGAUAAGGAUGCAAGCUUGGCGUUUUUUGAUGACUGUGUAGACAAGCUCUUUGGCACAGAAAAGGGAGGAAAGGUGGACAGUGAGAGACUGGAAGACAGCAGGCUUAUUGAGCUGGACAAAUCACAACGGAGUGAGCACACAGUAUUCAUCACACCUCCAGAGCUUCCACCUGUGCCUGAGGGAGAGGAGCCCUCCAUACUUUAUAGCUACAGUGGCUUUCCCGUGCUGAACGCUGAACUCUGUGAACCCCAGGAGGGCCCUGGCAUCCCUAUGGUAACCACAAACUCCAGACACACCAGCCCUGGAAGCCCAGCCGCCAUUUUCCGUCGAUCCAAACAAGAGAUUAAAUCAGCCCAGCGCAUGGCCAAGACCUAUUCAUCCAUACCUCACAUGUGGUCCAAGUGUCUGCUGCGCCACUGUCAUGGCCUGUGGUUCAUCUGCCUGCCAGCCUAUGUAGCAGCAUGCCACUCUAAGGUGCGGGCACUCCGAGCUGCUUACGAUGUCCUUAGGAUGAUGCAGGACAAGAAGCUGCAGCCACCUGAUGAGGUGUGUUACCGGAUCCUGAUGCAGCUCUGCGGGCAGUACGGGCAGCCGGUCCUGGCUGUUCGGGUGCUGUUCGAGAUGAAGAAGGCCGGAGUUCAGCCCAAUGCCAUAACGUACGGAUACUAUAACAGAGCAGUGUUGGAGAGCACAUGGCCUUCCUCCACUAGAGGGGGCUAUUUCCUGUGGGGUAAACUGCGCAAUGUUGUUCGGGGAGUGGUGCAGUUCAAACAAGUGUGGAGGAGACAGGCUAGUCAUGCCAAAGAUCCACAUCUCUCAGACGCCAGUGAUCUGGACAGCGUAAGCCACGGCAGUCUGGACAGCACUAAUGACUCAGCAGAGCGUGCCUCUAUCGAUACUGACUUCACCAAAAUGGAUUCCAGUGACGAUGGAUCCAGCACAGGUGGACAAUCAGAUCAAGGUUAUGACUCUGCGGGACGGAUGGGGGGAGGAGAAGAGCAGGACGGCUCUCCUCACAUGAAGGAGAGAGACAUCAUUCCUCUGUCCAAGACAGGAACAUCUAUCAAAAAGGACUCAUCUGCUGCACUGAGAACCCUUCAUCCCUCAGAUGUAAGAGAUGCUGCAGCUGUACCUAAACGUCCCAACUCAUUGGACAUCUUUGGAAAAAAUCCUGUGAGGCCCUGUACGUUACAGCUGACUUCUGAUCAGCCUCUGACCAACUCGAAAGAUUGUAAACCUAAGCAAGAUUAUCUGGAUGAAGAGGAGGUAGACGAAGCAAAAGGCACAACAUACCCACUCAAAGCUGCUGCAGAGAGGAGCACAAGUUGCACAGUUGCCCUGGAGACAAGCAUAAGCAAUGCACGCUGCAGUGUGGCACGUAGUGUGAGCUUUAGCAGCACUCAAGGCCGUAUGCCACCACGAACAGGGAUCGAGUCUGGCUUUGAUCCGUUGUCCCUUAUGGCAGCUGAGAGCCAGGACGGCAAGUCGGGUGAGCCAGGAGAGAUGGACGAUGCCCCUGGAACACGGCGUCACCUGGCUAAGGAGAUCCAGCUACACAUGGAGAACCUUAGCAGCCCUGUGAGUCAGCGUUCUCUCAGCACAGAUCUACGCAGCAUUCAGAGCCCCUCACCGCAGAGCUCACCCCGGCAGACUGCUAUGCCAGGUUCACCAAGCACCCCGUUGCAGCCCCAGCCCCGGAGCAGAUUAUUCUCUUCACCCUCACUACCACUGGGAUGCCCACGGAAAGGCAAGGAAGCACGGCCCACCUCAUUAGUAUCACCCUCCUCUCCCACCCCUUCUGCCUCCUCUUUCUCCAUGGAAUCUCUGCUCACACCCACACUAGACAUCUUUAGGAGCAGCUUCAUGUCAGCAGGCAAGGGCGUGGCUGAGAAAGCCAGUCGUCUCUAUUCGAGGCUCUCCUCUCAAACUUCUAUUGCACAAGACCUGAACUCUGAUCGGGUCAGCGUGUCUUCACUGGGCUCAGGAGAGCCUGACUGCUCCUCUCUGUUCGAGGGUGAACUUUGUCCUGACCCAGAAGGUCUUUCCUCCCCCCAGAGAGACUCCUCUCUCAGCGUCACUCCCUUUAAGAGGAGUCCAAACAGGAACAGUCGCUGCUUAGAGAGUCCUUCGGCCCCUCCAAGGCUUUUCCGCCAGGCCUCUCUCCUUGGAUCAUCACUGGCAGUGGUGAAAGCCCCACAAAUCCCAGAUGUAUGUCCUGAUGCCAACCUCACACCAUCCCAGCAGAAUUAUGACAUAGAGUUGCGCAUGUCCAGUUGCUCACGCUGCAACACUUGCGAGUGUCUGGCAUAUGAUGAGGAGAUCAUGGCUGGCUGGACAGCUGAUGAUUCCAAUUUGAAUAGCACUUGCCCUUUCUGUGGCUCAGCCUUCUUGCCCUUGCUUAAUGUCGACAUCCAAGACCUGACGAGGCAGGACAGAAUUCCUUUUCAAGACCUUCCUAGUUCUUAUACGGAAACAAAAGAUGCUUCAUGUAUGGAUGAAGAGCCAAGCAGUAAAUCAUCAGAUAAUGCCUCCAACACUGCUAGCAGUAGCACAGCACCAAUCACCGUUCCCUACUUGAGUCCUCUGGUGCUGUGGAAGGAGCUGGAGAGCCUCUUGGAGAACGAAGGCGAACAUGUUAUCUCCUCACCAGCCAUUGUGGACCACCACCCCAUUGUCUUCUGGAAUCUGGUUUGGUUUUUCCGCAGGCUGGAGCUGCCCAGCAGCCUGCCAGCCCUCAUCCUUAGCUCCAAGCACUGCAGCCAGAGCAUGCAGACUGAUCCACAGCCUCUCCAGAGCAACUCCUCAGAGGACAGUAAGAAUGUGUUAGUCCAGAUUUUGUGGGACAAUCCCAAACUGCACCAGGACCCCAUCCCUCCCUGCUAUGUGCUGUGGAAGACAUACUGUUCAAACUCUAAUGCUUGCGUCCCCACUAUGCUGGAGGAGGAACAGCCUGUGACCCUGGAGCUUGUCCAAAGUGUUGUCAGGAGCAUUCAGAAGAACGAUGUCUUCCAGCCAAUGAGCCAAAUACUUCAGCUGCUUGGUACCAGGCUGGGAUUCAUCAGGCAGCGGAGCCUGUAUAGAGAUAUCUUAUUCUUGACAUUGGUAGCACUGGGCAAGAACAAUAUCAACAUUGACGCUUUUGACCGUGAGUAUAAGUUGGCGUAUGAUCGACUGACCCCCAGCCAGGUCAAACUGACACACAACUGUGACCGGCCACCUGGCGCUGGAGUCAUGGAGUGUAGGAGGACUUUUGGGCUGCCGAGUCUGUGAUUUCUCUCAUCCUGCGGUUUUCCCACUACUUCUAUCUUUCCGUCCUUCACUUGGUGGAAGAGAUGUGAAGUCUGAGACAGCCAAAGAAGAAGAAUUCACCACUACCAAAGCUACCUCUGGCUCUGAGCAGGGCCAUGUAGACACUUAGAGGCAUUUCCAAGCUCUCUGGUAAAUCCAAUGUGUGUGGCCUGUUCCCAUUCAAUGUAUACCACCAUUUAAACACUAUGUUAUAUAUUGUAAAUGCUUCUGUUUACAUCAUGUUAUCUCCUAAACUUCAACAUCCUGCACAUUUAAUUUUGGAUUCUCAAGACUCAUUUAAACAUUUAGCCUCACUCAGGUAAUAUUUACUACAGAGGCCAUUGUAGAUUAGGCGCAAUAUCAUCUAGUGCUCAGGUCAUAACAUCACUCAUCACCAUUAAAUGACAUAGAGGGGAUUGCAGAGUGGUUUUGGGACCAGUAGCAGUAUGUAUUGUAUUGUCUUGUUUAGGACCCUUAGUAGAAAAGCACAAUGAACAAACCCCGAUGAGACUUUGAAGUUUUCUCACAUUCCUCUCAGUAUUCUAGAGGCACUUGUAAAUGAACACAAAAGAAAGUCACCUUUUUGUACAUAGCUAAUUAUUCUAUUAUUUAGAAUAUUUGUAUUAUAAAGGUAUAUUUUAAGACUUGUAUUUGCUAUGACUAAGUUGUCUUCAUAUGAAAAGACUGUAUCAAACAGUGUAUUCGUUUUAAUUUGCAAGCGUGUUGUUUAUGAACAUGGUCCUGGAGACCAUUAUGGUGAUAUCUGUGAAGCGUGUUGUCUUUUUGAAUAGGUGAGGUACAGAACUGGACCAAAUUGGAUGUUAAAUCAUGAAUUACAUGACUGUUUAUGAGAAGUGACAAAAAUGUGACUGUGACAAAGCCUUUAUCAAAGGUCAAAUAAGCUGCAGAACUGGAUAAAGACCAACUAAAAAUGCCUAGAAUACAUUUAAACUUUCCUCUUAGAUGUUAGGGACGUACCAACACUAUAAAUACAGGUUGAAAUGAACAAUUUCUUUGCCCCAUAAACUGAUGAUUUUUUAUUUAUUUUUUUGCUUUUAAUUAAAAGAUAAUAUGAACAGUUUGUUAGUUCAGGUCCUAUCAGUCGGGUUCUGUGUUUUCAAUGUUUGUUUUCUUUUUUUUUUUAUGUCUUUAUGUAAAAUAUGAACUUACACGAACGUUCAAUCCACAUGUACAAAUUUUGAAAAAUGUUUACAAAAGCACAGUGUUCUGCUCUUUGAGUGUUUUAGUUUAAUAUUUUAACAUUUACUUAAUAUAUUAACUAUUGAUGGUACAGUUUGAAAUGGUAUAUUAUUAUGGUACUUGGGAUGAAAUUUACAGAUCUAAAGAGCACAUGAGCAUUUAAGUCUGUUAUAUCUGAGUGAAUUUUAAUGAAAACUGCAGUAAAUAUAUAGGAACAUAGCUUAAUCUUACUUAAUUUGCUUUGGUAAUACUAAUUGGGGAUUACAGUUUAAGGUACAACAACAGUACAGCAACAGCUGCAUGGUGGUGUAGUGGUUAGCACUGUCACCUUGCACCUCCAGGGUCCGGGUUCGAUUCCCGGCCAGGCUCGAUUCCCUUCUCUGUGCGCAUGGAGUUUGCAUGUUCUCCCCGUGUUUGGUGGGUUUCUUCCCACAGUCCAAAGAUAUGCAGGUUAGGCUAAUUGGCAUUCCAUAGUGUGUGUGUGUGCCCUGCGAUGGAUUGGCAUCCUGUCCAGGGUGUACCCUGCCUUGUGCCCUAAGCUUCCUGGGAUAGGCUCCAGGCCCCUGCGACCCUGAAUACAGGAUAAAGUGGUAUAAAAAAAGAGGGAGUGAGAGUUUAAGGUACACUUUGCAUUUCAUUGUAUACCCACACAGUAUGAACUGUAACAUAUUAUGUAUGCAUUACAAAUGAUGUGCGAUGAUUAUGGCUCUAGCUAUAUUGAACAGUAACAUUCCAAAGAAUUAUAGUCUACUCAUUUUGACCAGAUGCUGUGCAAAUUUAUUUAUAAAAAGUUGAUGCCCUGACACUGCCAUUUAUUUAGCCUGUUUUGUAUAUCCUAAAUCCUUAUCUGACUGCAUCACUAAACUCUAAACUGGUGUUUUGAGUGGCAAGCUAAUAAAUUAUAUUUCAGUUUAUGUAAUAAUUUUAACAUUGUUGCAAGUUGGUUUAUGAAAUGAUUUUUUUUUUGUAAGCUAAAGUACUGUUGUGGCCCAAUGCGUUUUACACAUAUCAUUUCUUGUGUCUAUUCCUGUUUAUAUUGUAUAGUCAUUAUUUCGCUAGAUCUUGUUUGGAUCUGCAAAAGUUGUUUAUUAUCUGUAAAUAAACUCACUCAAAUGGUCA